AUGGUGGAUACAAAAGAAGCAGCAGCCAAAGAUACGGAGUCUGCUCCUAAAAAUCUCAAACCGGAAGGUGAAGCGGAAGGAGAAGGGGAAACCGAACCCAAACCCAAACCCUCCACCGAAGACCCCAAGGAUGUUGAUACUGCUCCAGCUCCUGCUCCGAAUCUGACUCCUGCUGCACUCUCUCUCAAUGAUUCAUCUCGGGAGGAGGAGGAGGAGAAGGAGAAGGAAUCGCAUCCUGAUAAUACCCAAUCUUCGGCUGACGUAACCGAUAUAAAUGCUGCCACUGCUCAUCCUCAUGAUGCUGUUGCUGAUGCUGCUAAUGCCAACAACAAUGACGCUGCUGCUCAAGAUUUCAUCAAGUCUGAGGAAAAGGAAAAGGAGGAGGACGCCGUUGAUAAUAAUAUUAAUGGUAAUAGUAAUAACAAGGAUCCUGAUGAUGAACCUAACACUGAUGCUGCUGAUGUCAAACACCUUUCUUCUGCCACUCCCAAAGAUGAUGAUGAGGCCUUCAAUCACAAUGAAUCCUCCUCGCAACGCAAAGCUGAAGAUGAUAACAAUGAAGGCGAAGAAGAUGAUGUUGUAGCUCCUACAGCAAUUAAGAAGGAAGUUCCUAAACCACCCAAAUUGGAUGUUUCUCUUGCCCUCAACACUCCACCGCUGGCAACACUAACCCCAAUCAAGUCUUUCCUUUUGGAUUCUUCUGCUGAUGGUUACGAGUCCGGAACUGACCAAGAGCAAGCUGCUUUUAUGAAGGAUGUUGAAUCUUUUCAUAAACAGAAUCACUUGGAAUUCAAACCCCCCAAAUUUUACAAAGAAGAACUCAAUUUGCUCAAGUUAUGGAGAUUGGUGAUAAAGUUGGGAGGCUAUGAACAGGCAUUACUUGAAUAUGAAAAGAAUAAAUUGAAGAAUGGCGAGCUACCUUUUUCAGAUGGACCCUUGACAGAGUCUAUUAGGGCUGAAAGUCAGGUCAAAGGUUUGAGGAUGAUGGAUUGGAAAUCUGUAACGGCUGUAUUUUUGUUCUUUGAGAAUAAUUAUGAUCAGACAUCCUGUAAUCUGGGACUGACUUCUAGUUAUUCAAUGAGGGAUGCGAUCGAGAUUUUUAUUCAAGAGAUAGAAUUGCUAAUCAAAUCAAUGAGGGAUAUCCUGCAUGCGGAUGAUAUGAUGAAAGCUGGUGGAAGUCAAGCACUUGGAUCAGGUAGGGCACGAAGGGAUGCUGCAGCUCGUGCCAUGCAGGGUUGGCAUUCCCAGCGCCUUCUUGGCAAUGGUGAGGAUAAGAACUUGAGUACUACACCAAAGGGUGACAAGCAGCUUAAAACAAAUGGUUUACUGAAGCGUAAAAGGCUAUCACCUGUUGAGGGUGCUGUCCACUUUGGUCACAAGAAGGCAAUGAAAUCACAAGGGGAUGCAAUGGUCAUUGAUGUUGGACCCCCAGCUGACUGGGUAAAGAUCAAUGUGCAAAAAACUAAUGACUGCUUUGAGAUAUAUGCUUUAGUUCCAGGGCUUCUGCGUGAGGAGGUGCAUGUUCAGUCUGAUCCAGCAGGACGUUUGAUCAUAUCUGGCCAACCAGAGCAUCUGGAUAAUCCUUGGGGUGUGACACCCUUUAAAAAGGUUGUGAGUUUACCUAUCCGAAUUGAUCCACAUCAGACAUCUGCUGUCGUCACCCUGCAUGGCCAGUUGUUUGUGCGUGUACCCUUUGAGCCGUCAGAUCUGUAG